AAAGGUAUGGUACAAAACAGUAACGUUUAAAAAUCGUUUUCUUUAUUCUGUAAAAUAUUUUUGAAAUCGCAAAUUUCAUUGAUAGUUUUGGAUACUGUCGUUAUGAUAGCAGCGCCUCGUUGAUUCGAGUAAAAUCUACAGCUGUUGAUACGUAAAUUGUUAGUAAAAUAAGUGUCAGUGAAUAUUAUACCGAAAAAGCAGCCUCUGGGCUGAAAGAACAAUCCGUGUAAAAAUGAGAGAGGCUGGAAUAAUGUUAAUAAGCACGGCAUUAACAUGCGCUGUGAUAGGCAAUGCUUAUUAUCAAAGAAAACAGUUUUAUCCAACAGUAGUUCACAUAACCAAAUCCAAUCCUAGUAUGACGGUAAUUUACAUACAAGGUCUAAUUCUAAUGUUUAUGAUAAAUGGUUUCCUACGAAAAAUAUUUUUUGGUACCCUACGUGUUGCUGAACUUGAGCAUUUAUUGGAAAAAGUAUGGUAUGCAGUGACUGAAACUUGUCUAGCAUUUACAGUGUUUAGAGAUGAUUUUAGCCCAAAAUUUAUAGCAUUAUUUACACUUCUUUUAUUUUUAAAAUCAUUUCAUUGGUUAGUGGGAGAUCGUGUAAAUUAUAUGGAAAGAAGUCCAGUAAUAACUUGGUUGUUCCAUCUUAGAGUUAGUACUUUAUUGGCACUAUUGUUUGCCAUAAAUUUAACUAUGAUUCAUUAUGCAUAUAAUACAACAGCUACAAAAGGUCCUUCUGUACAACUUGUUUUUGGUUUUGAAUAUGCCAUUCUUUUAACUGUUGUAUUCAAUAUUAGUAUAAAGUAUAUAUUGCAUACUAUAGAUCUACAAAGUGAAAAUCCAUGGGAUAAUAAGCCAGUAUUUCUAUUGUAUACAGAGCUAAUAAUUGGACUAUUAAAGGUUAUUUUGUAUGUUGCUUUUGUCACUUUGAUGGUCAAAUUGUAUACUUUACCUUUGUUUGCACUUCGUGCAAUGUAUUAUACAAUGAGAAAUUUUAAAAGAGCUAUUCACGACAUUGUGAUGUCACGUAGAGCUAUCAGAAAUAUGAAUACAUUAUAUCCAGAUGCAACAGCAGAAGAAUUAGCUGCUGCUGAUAAUGUGUGCAUUAUUUGCAGAGAGGAAAUGGUUGCAGCUAGUAAAAAGUUACCAUGCAAUCAUAUUUUUCAUACAGCUUGUCUCCGUUCAUGGUUCCAACGUCAACAAACAUGCCCUACCUGCCGCUUGAACAUUUUAAGACCUGUUAAUAACAAUCAAGGAAAUAGACAACAAAAUCAACCACAGGCAGGACCACAAGUGCCUCAAGCACCACAAGCUCCACAGGCACCAGGAUUUAAUCCAAUUGUUCAAGUCCCUCCAGCAUUUUGGGCUGGAAUGCAAGCUGCAGGGGCACCACCUCCACAACAACAAUCACCACAACAACAACAAUCAUCACAGCAACAACAGUCGCAACAACAAACUUCAAGUGCAACAACACAGCAACAGCAAAGUCCAAAUAAUGCACCAAAUACUCCUUCAACAUCAUUCCAGAAUUUGACAGCUGGUAGUGUACCAUUAUUUCCUCCACCAUUUCCAACUAUGGUACCUUUACCUCCUAUUCCUACACCACCACCAAAUCUUACAGAAUUAAGCGAAGAAGAACUUAGAGCAAUGGAAGGUAAUUUGCGACAAGCUGUGGAAGUUAGAAUACAAACAUUGCAAAGAGUUCAGCUUCUGUUAGAUGCUGCCAGUGCUAUGAUGAACCAGUAUCAAACAGCAGCUGCUACUGCUAAUAUUCCAGUGCCAACUGCAACAAAUAACACAACUGUUGCAACAGAUGUUUCUCCCAUGGCAAAACAAGGAAUAUCAGAAACUACAAGUUCUGGAAUUAAUAGUGAUCAAUCGCAAAUUGAAACUGAGAUGAAUGUUCCUACUGCAAAUUCUUCCAGUGAUAAUAAUGUAAAUAUGGUACCAGGUACAAAUAGUAAUGAUAUAACAUCAGAAUCAUCAGUUAGCAAUGAUAUGGAAUCUUCAAGUGAACAAGAAAUGUUACGAAGACGUAGACUACAAAAAUUUUCAACUCAGCUCACAGCAGAAUAAAUGUUCGUAAAAUGAUGUGAUAAUUUGUGUAAUAUAAUUGUACUCUAAUUAAUAACAAGCCUGGUUACAGAUAAU